CUCUCUCUCUCUCUCUCUCUCUCUCUCUCUCUCUCUCUCUCUUUUUCAUGGUACACGUGUCAAGCAGGGAAGUCCUAUUAAAAAACUAAAACAGGUAUAAAUACCCACCAGCCAACGAUCUCUCUGUCACUCUCAUCCUCCUCGAUUUCGCCGUCUCUCACUCCCCCUCUCUUCCUGCAAUUUGAUCUCUCCAGGAUCCCAUCAAUGGCCGCCAUCUCAGGAGCUUCUUCGAUCUCCCUCCGCUCUAUUCCGCCUCGCUCUCAUCAAAAUCUCGCAUUGUCCAGGACUAAUGGUUUGAGGUCAAUUUCACUUUCUGAUCACGGAAGAAGUUCCCUUUCUUUCGGGUUGCAGCAACGUUCAGUACGCCUUUCUGUUUCCUGCGCUCAGGCCAAGCCAGAAACAGUGGAAAAGGUGUGUACGAUAGUAAGAAAGCAACUUGCAUUACCAGAUGACUCUGCAGUUACCGGCGAGUCAAAAUUUGCAGCUCUUGGAGCUGAUUCUCUUGAUACGGUUGAGAUUGUGAUGGGACUUGAGGAAGAAUUUGGUAUUAGCGUGGAAGAGGAUAGUGCUCAGAGCAUUGCAACAGUGCAGGAUGCUGCCGAUCUUAUUGAGAAGAUCAUUGAGAAAAACAAGGCUUAGAGAUAGUAAUCAAAGCAAGAGUCCGCGUAGUCGCUUCUUAGCCUGCUUUAGACUAGUUGAGUUGCUAAAUAUGAAAUUAUGAAUUUACCAAGUUGCGUUUGUUUUGCUUUGUUUUUUUCCAAUUAUAUUUUUCUUGACGCGUAUUUUAAAAGGUUUUGUUUCCUCCAGCAAAUUAAAUGUUGCUUCCAUAAGCUAGUCUUGGAAAGAAAAAAAAAAUGCAGUAGAUAAUUACUGUAAUCCCAGUAUUACAGUCUCUAUUGUAAAUUUUUGCCGAAAUUUGAUGAUGAUAAAACAAUUUAGAUGAUUA